GUGGAUUGCAAAAAGAUCGUCGCCGAAACUAAUUUAGUUGAAGCAUAAAAGUAGAUCGAUAAGCGUCAUUUGGGUAUAUUUUAGCAUUAAAAUUACUUCAGCUAGUUAGCAAAGUGUGACAAUCAAGGAAUUUACUAGAACUUGCAUUUAAAAUCAACCAAAAUGGAAUCCAAUGAUGUCCAAAAUGAUGAUCAAGAAACAACUGUCGUAGAAGAAGCCACUGAAAGUCCAACUGACUCAGGAUUCAAUUCAAAUGAAUCUGAAAGUCCUUCAAGCUCCCGAUGUUCAUCAUUUUCGGAAGCCGGUAGUGCAAUUAGUGAUGAUUUUGCGACAAUUACUGAUGACCUUGAUAAUUUGAAUUUAACUGACGAUGACUUGGAAUCAGCAUUAAAAGACGAUAUUGAUCUUGUGAUUAUUAAAGAUGAUGACGAAAAGAAUUCUGUGACAUUUGGAAAGACAAUGACUGUGACUGAUGUAAUUUCAAGAUCAGUUGGUGAGGACUUGAAUGCUGAUGACUAUGACUUGAUGAUUGAUGGACGAGUUUUACCAAGAACGAUAACUUUGAGAGAUGCUGGAGUUACUGGAGGAACUAAAGUUAGAUUAGUGGAACGAGAAAUGCAGAUUUUUAUUCGUCGAGUUGAUGGACGUACAACCACAAUUCAAAUCCGUCCCUCAAACACAAUUAUGGCAAUAAAGGAACAAUUCUUCCACACGGAUCAAGUUCCUGUCCAUCAACAAAGAUUGCUAUUCCAAAGUAAUGAAUUGGAAAACACAAGAACUGUCGUGUCCUACAACAUUCGUGUUGGAUCUACCUUAGAAAUGGUCUAUCGCUUGCGUGGUGGAUGCUUGACUGGAAAGUUUUAAACUUUUCAUACUAAUGCGUUUUAUAACUGACUGAUUUUAUGAGAUAAUAUUAAUGAAAAUUGAUUAUUUUAAAGGAUUUAUUAUAUGUUA